GUAAGUGAGCACAUUCCGUAUCCUUUUUUGCUACAGGAAGCACGUCAUACUGCACGCUACGGUAAGUAGGUUGCUUGUACCCGGUGAGGUCCGUUGGAAAAGUAUGCGAAAGUGAAUGGUUAGUGCGUUCUCUAGCAUUGUGUAUUGUCUGGUAGCAAAGUGGAAAAGUUUCACACCACAGUGGUGGAUUAGCCUUUUGGUUGCUAGACCUAUCCAGGUCGGUUCACAAUCAACCAUGAGUGCGAAUGGGUUGGAUGUGUUUUCGGGACAUGUGUACGGUACAAGUGGAGUUUGGUUGUGCAAAUUAUGUCUCCCGUCAAUGUGAACAAUAUGUGUGCGGAUUACCUGUUCUACGUUAGCCGUGCGGAUAUUUUUUCCGUAUAUCCGUCCAUUCUACAGGAGAUUCUAGUCUUGGAGGAACUUUUCCGGGGGAAGAAAAGUACUUCCUUCAAGGGUAUCAGUAGCGCACAUGCCGAAAAAGUGCAACUUCAACUGCCGAGUGAAUUUGAAUGGCAGUUGAAACAGUAUUUCCGACUUCUGGAGCAACAGAAAAAAAUUAAUGCUGCUGAGGAUAAAGGAAUACAACUAAAGACAUCGCUCGAGCUAAAGGACACAACACUUUGGGAACCGAAAACAAAGUCAAUCGAGGAGCUUUCGCCAUUUUCAUCGCCUGCCCCCGGUGAUACGGCAGCGCUUCGCCGGAAGCAUCGCCGCUGCUAUCUGGACAAUCCCAUCGACUUUUGCAAUAUAGACGAGUAUAACGAUUGGUUACCGCAGGAUAUCGCAAGAGCAGGAAAGUUGCUCAGGAAGCCUCCCCUGCCGGUUUCCUUCGACGACGAGUUCGAGAUGCGGAAGGUCUACUCCAUGAUGUAUGACGUUUUUCGCUUUAAAUUAGUUUUGCAACAAGCUCUGAAAAAUAUCAAUUUUUUCGAAAAUUACCCACAGCUGAAACAUGACAUGACGCGUGUUUGGCUUGUCCUCUAUGAUAUGUACCUGAGGAAAUUUGAAAAAAGAGAACCCGAAACAACAAUGCUGAAGAGCAAACUUUUUAAAGAAGCUGGUCUAUUAGAGAUCGAGCAUAGUUUAGAAAUCAACAGUAUUAAGAUUGCCGCAGCUCUUACCAGAAUUCGCAUUCAAAAUAGUGCCUACAGCCUAACGACGCUACUACCACCCCAUUUGCAGGACGAAAAAGUAGCCGUCGUCGUAUCGAAUCCCAUUGUAACCGGGUGGAUUAACACGUUUCGCAUCAAAACCAAGCAUCAAGCCAACGAGUUACUUAAAUCGCUUGGGUUCGAUGUGAUCCCUGAAACUGUGAUGUCUAAUACUACCCCGAGUAAUUCGUUCAAUCCCAAGGAAGAGUUGUAUAAACCCCUAGAAGUGCAACGGUACAAAUGGGACAGGCUCUGCCCUCAAGUAUUGUCCAUCUAUCCAGAUAGAAGAACAGAGUUUAUUCGAUCGGAAAUCUUCCAGAGACACGAAAUGGUGAUACAAGAUCGGUCGUUUUUGAUUGGCCCAUCAAUUCUCGCCAACUUGCUGGAGUUUUACGAACUCAAUGGAGAUGUAGUACUAACGCAUAUAUCCUCGCCUCGAUCGACAGCUUAUUUGGCAUCGCUGCUAGCAAAUAGCCGAAGAGUUCGCAAUUUUGUAGCAUUUGGAUGUGGUAACAAACUAAACGACUAUAAGCAGUACAUGGCUGCGCUUGGUGUGAACAACGUAGACCUUCAUGCGGAGAGUUUCAUAGAUAUUCCGCACAAUGCUGGCGUGGUUGAAAAAGUUGUUUGUAUCUUCGCGAAUCCUCCAAGUUCAUACUCAGCCGUAAGCGACCCGAUCGAUCUAAUCUGCAGUCGGGGAGGAGAUCUUUCCAUGCUGGAAAUUCUUUCUGAAUCGGAAAUGACAGAUGAAAGUAAACAGCGAGUCGCCUCACUACUGAGAGAGCAGCGCGAGACAUUGAAACACUGUAUGUCUCGACCGCAGGUUCAAAUAGUUUUGUACCAGACUCAUUCGGUGGUUGAAACCGAGAACGGCAUUAUGGUAGACAAGGUGAUCGAUUAUAUCAAUCAAAAAGUGUACGAAAAACAUUUACAAGCAACAAAAGAACGAGAGUUGGUCGCCCUUGCCGAAGCGGCCGGUAAUCAACUGGUUAACCGAUUGCUAGGCCGACAAGAUACCAACAAAACAAGUAAAGGUGACGAUACUAUUGAUGAUGAAUCCGAAACGGAGAGUGAGUUCCAGAAAGCUUCCGAGGAAGUGAUUGAGGUGCCACUCAAUGAUCAAUUUGAGACGACAGAAUUACCAGAUUUUUGUUCUAAUCAAGAUGGCUGCCUAAGUUUCGAGGAAGACGGUGUCUUCCUGUCUCUGAUUAAGCGAAAAGAAGUUAUACGGCUCGAUUCCAAAUAUCUAAUCAAAAUAGCCGAGCUCAGGGGUAUUUUUGGGGGUAAUAGUUCUAGUUCAGAGCCAAGAACAAACGUAAAAGUAUUUGAACGCCAAGAGAAAAAAUCUGAUGAACGGGAAGCUGCAGAACUUGAAAACCGAAAGCGUCGUCUGAAACGUCGAGGAAGUAACAUGGAUUCUCUAAUAAGCCGUCUUAAUGCCCCUACCCAAGCCUCAAUCAAACGAGGCCAUCAUCAUCGAGUUUCUUCGAUGGAGCACAAAUUCAUGUUUUUCGAUCUAAACCAGGAGUGGUGUCCAAAGUUCGCAGCUGUCCACAGUGAACAUAAUUUAUCAGUGCUUAGCGACGAAAAGUUGUCCUUGCUUACACCAAACAUGACACCACGUGCCCGUAUCUGGUGGCAGGAUACGAUCGAAUAUGUGCGCCAUCGUAUUCGUAGGAUGAAUCAAGAUCCCCUUAAGAAAAUUGCUGAACAACCAUUGGUACUGAAACGACAUUUAUUGCAAUGCAAACCAGAACAAGCGGAAAUUGUCAAGAGAUUUCGUACAAGCUACUUUAAUAGAAUGCCUUACACUCUACCGGUUCGGGUUUUAGAAUUUAGACAGUACAACUCUGAAACCAGUCUUUUGCAUGAUCAAUGUCGCCCGAAAAUUAAUGAAGUUAGGCUUAGCCGACAAAACGCUGUUGCAUGUGAACCUAGACAAAUCAUACGCAUACGAUCAUCCCGAUCAUGCUAGAGAGGUAAUUUAGCGGUAAAUGUAUCGAAGAAUAUAAUCACAGGUUUAUCUUGGAAAGAAUUAAACGUUAUACUUCUUUAGGCUCAGAUGCUUAAAGAAGUUUUGAGAAACAAAUGUUUUUUU